AUGUGGCUGAGCGACAGGCAAAAGAUUGGUAUCGCCCUCGUGGCGUUUGGCAUCUUCUUCCAGUUCCUUGGUAUCAUCCUCUUGUUCGAUGGUCCCCUGCUGGCGCUGGGCAAUAUCCUCUUCCUGUCCGGCCUGCCCCUCAUCAUCGGCCCAACCAAGACGUUCUACUUCUUCAGCAGGCGCGAAAAGUGGCGCGGAACUGUGUGCUUCUUUGGCGGCAUUAUCCUUGUGUUCGCAAAGUGGCCCAUUACCGGUAUCUGUGUUGAAUUUGUUGGCUUUGUGGGACUGUUUGGCUCGUUCUUCCCUGUUAUCCUCCAGGCGCUGCGACAGACACCGUUCAUCGGCUCGUUCCUCUCGCUGCCAUACAUCCGCCAGGCAGCGGACCGAGUUGCGGGUGUGAGGCAGAGCGCCGUUUAG